GCUAUAUUCUAGGAUAGAGGUAGUACUACCUAAACCCUAUUCUGGAAUAGAGGUAAUAACAACUGAACAAAUUUCAUUAUAUGUCACUCAAUUCGCACUCCAUUUGAGAUUUGCCAAUCAAAAUAGUGAAAUUUUGGUAGUAGUUGAGUUUUGUGAUCUGUACAUCUUGAGAUCAACUUCAGAAGUCAGAUCGGAACCAGAUAAAUCGCAACUACGCGUACAAUCAUAAAAACGCAGUGUACUGUCCUGUGUACUAGGGGAGACAUCUGAAACACACGCAUAACGCAUUGACCGCGAUCCGCUCCAAUCCGCCGCGUCGUGCGCGUCCGGACCUUCAAAUUGCCGGCGCAAUUCGCGGCGGAGCGCGGCAUUUCCGCCGGCGAUGCGGCCCUUCUCGAGGCACGCCGGCUUCUUCGCGUCACUUAAGCAGGUGGAAGACCGGCUGGCGGCGGAGCAACAGCCGCCGCCGCCGCCGCCGCCGCCGCCGAGACAGCCUGAGACGCUGCCGUUCUCGGACACCAUGACCGCGUCGCCCCUCUUCCUCGGCCCGGCGACGGACACGGCGGCGGCCGACCGCCCCGGCGGCGAGAGCAGCGGCCCCGCGGUGGACUUCCUCACGCUCUCCAAAGACGAGGAGCGGUUGCAGGAAGAACCCCGAGGCGCCGCCGGCGAGGACGACGACGAGGACAACGACGAGAUCGGGGAGGACAUCGCGCGGCUCAUGGCGCUGCUCGGCUUGUCGCCGCCACGGCGCGGCCUCGAGGGCGGCGGCGGCGACGACGACAGCGGCGGGUGCGAUUGCAGCGGCGGCGAGGGGUUCUUGGCCAAGGUCGUCGGCGUGGUCGGGCCCAAGUGCGACAAGGAGAAGAGGAGGGUGGACGGCUGGGUAGAGCAUUACUUCAGCGGCGGCGAGUGCAGGGAGCCGGCGAGGCUGGCGCACCUGCUGCUCGCCAAGGCGGCGGCGUCGUCGUCGUCGUCGUCCUGGGAGGGAGAAGGGCACCGGGGUGCUUCACCUUUUGCCUUCCCGGCCACCGUGAAGGAGUUCUUGGAUCGUGACGCCCCACCGCGCUGCACGGAGGAGUAGCAGAGGUGGUGCUUGGCCAUGGUACACUGCUGAUGAAUCUUGCAAGCUGAAUAUAUUUUUUUUUUGAAAGGAGAGCAAAAGCUUUGCCUCGUAUAUUGAUAGAGAUGGAGAAAAUACAGGGCGAUAGAAUUAUGUACAAGGUAGUCUAAAAAAGAACUAAGCCCGUAAAAGGUGAUGGUUAAGUGAUAUCUCCCAAGAUUCCGAACUCUUGAAGCCUAAAGGCUCCUGCUUUGACCCAUGCCUGACCUUCCUCUUUUAUCUUGACGAGGAUAUUCCCCUUUCAUAUUUGCCUUCUGAAGUGUCAAAACAAAAACAAUGUGGUAUUAGCAGAUGAAACGUCUUGAUAAGAUUCUCCAAGCAUUGCCUGAUGAAAUCUUGUCUACAUGCAUUUACCUGAGUUAUGGAAGGAUAUAAUGCCUGAUGAAAUCUUGGAAGGAUAUUGUUUCUCACAAGAUCCAUUGAUGGCUCUGGCUCAGCAAAAUGUACUCCCACUAUCCAAGUUGUAUGGUAAAUUGUACUAGUAUUAUGAAACGUAAGCUUCAUCUGCCAAUGUCAAAUAUGUGAUCAUUUUGUCCCAUCACUGUAAAUGUCAAUCAUUUUUUUAAGAUAAUGUUUGGGCCUGUUUGUUA